AGGUGAAGAACAAAAACCGCAGAGAGAGAGAGGGAAAAACAAAUUUAAUUAGGGAUUGAGGCUUUAACUUCCACAGUCACUCACGGUCACAGCAGCAGCCAAGAGGAAGAAGGAGAGCAAUGUCGGAGUAUCUUCCCGAUGAAGUGGUGGUCGACAUCCUCCAGAGACUCCCCGUGAAAUCCCUAAUCCGAUUCAGGUGCGUUUCCAAAUCAUGGAACUUUCUCAUCACAAGCCCUGCCUUUGUUCAUUCCCAUCUCAAUCAAUCGAUUCCAAACAACAACAAUCUCCCACACCCACUCUUAAUAGUCAGACACUGCUCUUCUAGUGCCGAUAGAUCUCUCGAUAAAGAGCACUACAAAUUGUUCUACGAUAAUGAAGCAUUCGAGGAGUGUGCGGAAUUUGAUUUCCCGACAAAGAGCCGUAGUCUUAAACAUUUUCGGUUAAUUGCAUCUGAGAAUGGUUUGAUAUGUCUUUCAGAACAAGAGCGCUAUGUUCUUUGGAACCCGUCGAUUCGAAAAUGUUCGAAUCUUCCAAAACCUUGCAUUACGGCCAGGAAGCACAGUGGCUCUACUUGUCACGAAGCCUUCGGAUUUGAUCCGCGGACCAACGAUUAUAAGGUGGUGAGAAUUGUAAUUCAUCAUUCGACCAAGGAAGCUCCGGUUGUGGAAGCUCUGGUUGAGGUUUACUCUGUUAGCACAUGCUCCUGGAGAUUAAGCAGUGCCUCUUUAACGCCUUCGACUAAUUUUACUGAUUGGAGGAAACCCAAAGCUUGCUUAAAAGGCUCUGUCCAUUUUGCAGCACUCGGUCAGCGGAAUGGGACUGGGAUUGGAUUUGUAUUGUCGUUUGAUCUGCGUGAUGAAGUGUUUCGCGAGAUGAUCUUUCCACAUAAUAUGACCCGCUCGCACACUGAUAUUGUUACUCGCAUAUUUAGCGGAUCACUUGCUUUGUUAUGUUAUGAUGAGAAAAGGUUUUCUUGUUCCAUAUGGGUGAUGAAAGAGUAUGGUGUGGUUGAUUCUUGGGUGAAACAGUUCACUAUUGAUAUAGCCGGAGGAAUUGAGAAAAAUGUGCUAGGUUUCAGGAAGAAUGGUCAUAUAAUAUUAGAGAUUAGGAAAGACGUUUAUUAUUGGGAGCUCUUCUCGUACGACCCUGAAAGCCAACAAGCUACAAAAUUGGAAAUACAAAAGAAUAUGCACACAUUUUGUGUUGACACAUACAGGGAGAACCUUGUCUUACUCAACCAAGCGAAUGUAGUUUCCAGAAGUAGAGUGACCAAGAAGAGGAAAAAUAGUGAAGUAGUGGGGGGUGGUGUCAUACCUACACAGUCAAGUUCCUCUCGUGUGCGCCAUGCCACCCAGUAUGGCAACCAUGAUGAGUGCAGGAUCAAACAGCAAGAGAAUGAGAAAAGAUUGGAAGAAUUACUAUCCCAUAUUUCUAAGCUGGAGUCAUCAUAUGCUACUAUGCAGGCAUUACAUGCUACUAUGCAGGCACAAUUGGAUAGUAUACUAUUACAUAUUCGAGGGCAUGGAGAGAGCUCUAGUAGAGGUGAAUCGAACGAAAGCAACAUUUGAGGGCGCUUUGGUUGUAUUUUGUUUAAGACUUUGUUUAUGAAUUUGUUUAAGGUUUGGGUUUGUAUUAGAGGGUAAGAAUUUUGGACAAUUUUUUGUUUUAGAACUUUUGAGUUGGUAAACUUCCCUUGACAUGUUUAUCAAGGUUAAAGAACUGUGUAAACAAUGCAAGGGAGUAAAAUUAUAUAACACUAUUUUAUUUUUAAGUGUAUCACCGCCGACCUCGCCUCCUCUCCGCCAUUCACCAACUCAUUACAAGCCACCUUCGGUAGCAGAUCAAGAGGGAUCACCGACAAAGACGUCAAACCCACAACCUUCCCAUCAAUGCUAGCCGCCAAGCGUAGGACUUUCGCGAAAGAGCGACUGGACGAGAGUUCCACCCCCUUCUGUUUACCCUCCAGAGUGGACAUGACGGGCAUCAGAGACCGAUCAUUCUCCUUGAGAAACUCCAGCAACUGACAGCAACUCAGUAAUUUCAUUAUCAUCAAUCAGGGCGAGCGAGCUCAGUGGCAAGAUGGAGGAGAUUCAAAGAAAGAUUAAACUGUUGAAGGAAAAAGUGGAAUAUGAAAUAAGACAGUUUCAAAUGGAAAUGGACUCAUCCCAAACACAGUUGGGGGAAAACAUGGUAUCUGAAGUCAGAGAGCUUCAGGCAGAUCUCACAGCGUUAGAACAAGAAUUCCAAGAAGUCCAAGAGUUCCAAGAGCAGAUCCAUCGUCGUAGGAAAUAGUUCCACCAUCGUAGGAACAAAGAUACACUUGUUUCUAAACAUUUUUCAUUUUAGAUGAAUCUGUUUCUUAUAAAAAUUGAACAAUAUGCACAUCAAAUAUAAUGAAAACAAUUUCUUAUAAUGA